UGUGGGAAAGCUGUCAUGCAGUCAUCAGAUUUGAAUAUUCGUAUAAGAAUCCACACAGGGGAGAAGCUGUAUAUUUGCAGGACAUGUGGGAAAGCAUUCACGCGGUCAUCAGAUUUCAUUGCUCAUUUACGAACCCACACAGGGGAGAAGCUGUAUUUUUGUAAAAUGUGUGGGAAGAGUUUCACAGCAAACAGUGCCUUUUUGAUCCGCAUGAGAACCCACACAGGGGAGAAGCCAUAUGUUUGCAAGACCUGUGGGAAAGGAUUCACACAGUCAUGUGCUUUGAAUGUUCAUUUACGAACCCACACAGGUCAGAAUCCGUAUUCUUGUAAAACAUGUGGGAACAGUUUCACAACAAACAGUGCCUUUUUUAUUCACAUGAAAACGCACACAGGGGAGAAGCCAUAUUUUUGCAAGACAUGUGGAGAAGGAUUCAUUGCAUCAUCAGUUUUGAACGUUCAUUUACAAACCCACACAGGGGAAAAGCCAUAUUCUUGUAAAACAUGUGGGAAGAGUUUCACAACCAGCAGUUGGUUAUUGGUCCACAUGAGAACCCACACAGGUGAGAAGCCAUAUUCUUGUAAAACAUGUGGAAAAGGUUUUGUGAGGUCAUCAAGAUUCAAUGACCAUGUAAGAACCCACACGGAGAAGCCGUACAUUUGCAAUAUGUGUGGGAAAAGAUUUACAUGUAACAGUUCAUUAGUGAUCCAUAUAAGAAUUCACACGGGGGAGAAGCCAUAUGUUUGCAAGACCUGUGGGAAAGGAUUCAUUGCAUCAUCAG